AUGCCCCGGGGCCACCCCAGGCAGCGAGUCGGCCGGCCGGGCUGUAGAGCCGGUGGUCGGGCCCCGCCGCUGCCGGGUGCAAGCCGCUGCAGCUCCGGAUCCCGCGGCGGCUCGCGCUCUGGCCGGGACAACUUUUCUCCAGCCUCCAAGGCGGCCGCGGCCCGCCCCGCCCCCGGGCCGCCCACUCGACCCCGCCCACCCCUGGGCCCCGCCCCUGGGCCCGCCCCUGGCCGGAGGCUGGUGAAGGAUGCCGGGGAGAAAGUGCUAGCGUCUGGGAGCCGGCGCGCAGAAGAGGAGGUGAGGCGCCGAGGCUCAAGGGUUGCGCCCAUGGGGUCUCCCCCCCCACUCCCCGCAGCCUCCCGCCUUUAUGGCCUGUGGCUUGAGUCCCGGAGAGUUCUGCGCAGGAGGAGUUCCCUGAUGGAUGCCACGGAGAUGGAGUUUGCACAGCACUGCCUCUCAAACGUCAGCACCCGGGAGGCCUGGCAGGGAAGAGAGGCUCUGCGGUGUCUUCUUUCAUCAACAGACCUGCAGCGAUAUUUACUCCAGGACGGGCAUGAGAAUUCCCCCUCCGUGUGCCAGGCUGUGGCCACGUGGCACAACCAGAAGCAGCACAUUGGGGUCCACCCUCGAGACCUGAGGCAGAACCCAAACUCGGCUGAGAUGGAAAAUUCUAGACAUCUGCUGGUGGAGCGUUCUUUGACCUCAUCGACUGGAUAUGAAUAG